AUGCUUUACUCAGUCUCCGUUGGUUCCGUGUCGAUCGAUUACCUGUGGACGAAGCGUGGCAUGGGCCUUGGGAAGGUCUUGUUCGCUUUCACGCGAUAUCUUCCUUUCGUAUCGAUCCCGUUGGUGAUUCAAGUUGGGUCUCUACUCUUCCCUGGACUCGACGAUGCAAAAUGUCUUUUUUUCUUGCGCACUUAUGUUAUGUGGGACUGCCGAAGAAGUAUACUUUAUAUCGUUUGGGCCUUGUUCACGAUGGGAGUCGUGCCGGUUGCGGUUCUUAUUGCAUUGACCCUCUCCACGGCAGAAACCACGACAUCACCUAUCCCAAACCUACCUGGAUGCCUUGUAGUUAAUGUAUCUUCUAACAUUCUGACUACAAGCUUUGCUGUUCUAAUUGUGGUCGAGUUAGCAAUAUCUACCUUGAUUGUGGUGAUCCGCGUCGCACGGGAGCGCCCGCGCUUUGGCCUUCUGAAGACCAUAGUACGUGAUGGAGCCAUCUAUUGUUUCUGCGUGACAUUAUUCUCAAUAGUGAAUAUGGUCAUGUCUUUGGUUCACGGUCCAGCUACGAAUAUCUUUGACAGUUAUCAAGCCACUUUUCAUGGCAUCCUCGCCUCACGCUUACAGCUUUACUUGGCUAGCAUGCAUGACUCGACACUUCAGUAUACAAACACGGGAUUUUCGUCAGUACAGUUUGAGGAGCGUAUCGUAAACAGACCAGAGAGCCACAUCGAUGAGUUGGAAUGUAGAAGGAGGGAGCGGUGUUCGGCCUCGUAG